CCUGGGGCAAGGGCCCUGGAGCCAUUCUCUUCCCACCGACUCCAAUUCUGACUUGUCUCAGCCAGGACACUUCAACCCACAGGCCCUGAGCAGCCCUCCAAAACAGCAUCGCAAGAGGGCAGAAUACAGCAGAGGGGGUUCAAAUGGACAAAAUGCUAUCGAAAUACUCCUGGAAGAUGGAGUUCUGGGAGAACCCCUGGGACCAGGGGGGCCUGGCAGUGAUCAUCCUGUUCUUCACCACGGUCCUGUCUCUCAUCUUAUUUGCUAUUAUCUUUGGUUUCCUCCCCAUGAACAAAACGACCAACCAGAAUGAAGAGUCGUGACCUGACUUUCUGCCGGGCAAGGGGGCCAUUCUCAAAACACUAUGAACUUUCUUCAAAGCUCUUUAACAGUCUGGAAUUAAAAUUUUUCAUAUGAUUAUCUGA